UUUUAUUUGAAAUUGUUUAGUAGAUAAUCUCUUGAUAAGGUAUUGAUAUACCAAAAAUCUACCACCUUAUCUUCACGUCGAUUGACCUAGUACCCGCAGGUAGUGAUUUGUACCAAAGGUAGGAUUAUUCGAGUCUUUUUUUUACCAAACGAUCGAUAGGAAUCGUGUGCUGUUGCUCAAUAUAGCAUUAAAUCUUGCAGAUGUACGACAUAUUAUCGAUAUAAUCCACAGGAGUCUCGUUUACAUUCAUUUGAAUAUAAAACCUAGUUGUCGUAAUAGAAAGGUGUAUUUUAAAAUGGCAAGAACAGAUUUCAAAAAGGAAGGUCCAAAAGGCCAGAAAAAGGAGGAAAUCAAGUACCCAUGCUCCCCAAGAAGCCAGAAAUGGAUCGGAAAUUUGUUGCCAGUCUUGGAGAGCUACAACUACAACUACUCUGAGAUCAUACAGUUGGUUAGAAACUGUGACUAUAAUGCAGACAAGAUUCAAGAAGAGGUCGAACGUAUAAUGGAAAUGAAUAUCGGUCACGAACAAGGAGAAUGGGAAGUUGUUAGGCCAAGCAGAGGGGGAGCCUCAAGCUCACACUCUGGCAGCCGUGAACCCAAAAAGGGUCCAAAGAAUCAGGAACAGUUUAAGGGCAAGCAAAGGCCCGAAAGGAGACGUAAUGUUCCUGUGGCUGCCCCUCAACAACCGCCACAGGUGCAGAAACCACCAAAGGAGGAGAAAGAACCAACUGUUGUAGUACCGACUCCUGUACAAGAAAUUUCUGUGGAAGAAUCUGUUCCUCGCAAAUCUCUCUUUACCUCGUGGGCAUCACUUUUGAAAUCUGAAGAAAAGGUUACAGUAGAAGAGCCAAAACUGGUUCCUGAAGAACCUAAAGUUGAAGCACCGGUCAAGAAGGAACCUGUCAAAAAAUCGCCUGUUGUAAAGCCUGCUGUAGUCUUACCAAAGGAAAUCAACUUUGGAAGCGAUGCUAGUCUCAUGUUUGGCUGUCUUGAGGAGGACAAUCCCUGGAGCAAGCCCAGUGUAUGGCAAGAUCAAGUAACACACUGGCAACCAAAUAGGGUUGGCCAUGUUAAAAUGAAUAGAAACGGUCGUGUACAAGACCCUAUCCCCGGAGAGAACCUGUCUGGUGGACAUUGGCAAGGGUCUUACUAUGAAAGGUUCAACAAGCAACAACUUGUCUACACUUAUAGCGAGGAGACUGACAAACAAAAAUCAUUCCAAAUGCCAGAAUCUUCUGCUCAAUACCCACAAAAGGAACGCGAUCCCGUCAAUGGUGUCUAUUUUAAUUACCCGUACGCCAAUGAUCGCCUUCAAAACCCACCCGGUUUGGUUGGAUACUACACAACUCCACAGCCUUAUUACGGAUUUAAUGGUACCAAUAACGCCAACUCGACAAACAACAUUAGCUCGUCUAUGUGGCAAAACUAAUAUUUUAAUUG